AUGGAUGAAGAUACUCGUCGAAAAACUUUGAUUAUGGCAGAAAAUGGUGUUUUUGAUGGCCUCAUAAAUUCUAAUCUUCAAAUGUUUCCUAAGGUAGAAGAAUUGAUCGAUUAUGGUUUUAAAUUUUAUAAAGAUUGUGAUUCGUUCGAUCUCUAUAUACCUGGUCAACACAUUGAUCAAUUUCUUUCAUCUAAUCUAUGGCAACUUAUGCAAGUAAAACGUGUCACUUUUUAUUUUGAUUCAGAAAAUAAUAUUCUAAAAGUUCAACAAAAUCUCAGUCAAAUUUCUUCCAAAUUUAUAUUCUGCUUGAAGGCAGAGGUAGAAAACCGCAUUCGAAACAAUUUUGAUUCUGGUGUUUUAAAUUCAUCAAAACCACUCGAUUCGAGUUGUUUGUCAUCAAUGCUUGAAAAUAGAAAGCGACAAGUGCAAAUGAAGCAGAAGAAUUUAGGACUACAUGAAUUUUCUAUUUCUUCGCAACCGUGUGUUGGUUUCAAUGCAGGUAAUAUUAAUAGCAUCAAACAAAUAUAUCAGUGCCGUUCUUGCUCAUACAUUUUGCGAGAUCCUGUUCAACUUCCAUGUGGCCAUCGUUUAUGUAAGACGUGUGUAGAAAAUUACAAUGGAAGUAGUGUAAUAUGUUCAGAAUGUCAUGAAGAAACGGUUAAACAAGAAUUAAAUCGUUUUGAAAUGGAAGCACAUUAUUUGACACAAGAACAUCAACUUGCAAUAAUCAAUUGCAUACGCAAUUUAUUAAACAUUCGGAUAAAUGGACAUUUUGAAAAUGAAUCUGAAAUAAUUCUUAGGAAAUUACAAAAAGUAUAUGAGACUAUCGAUAUUCUUGUUGAUGGAAUUCAAACUUUAAAUAACGAUGUAGAACGUCAUAGUAAUGAAUCACGUGAAAGGCAAGAGUUAAUAGAAAAUUUGACACGAACUAUCUCAUUACUUAAAUUAACCUGUACAAAGUCAAAUAGUUCGAUAAAUGAAAUGAAAAUUCAACAAGAAAUACUUCUACACGCUAUCGAAUCAAUUCGACAAAAAUUGGAACAUACACAGGUUCCGUCAUACGAUGGAAUAUUCAUAUGGAAAAUAAUAAAUGUUCAAGAAAAAAUGAUGGAUGCUCAAUCUGAACGUCAGACAUCAAUUUAUUCACCUCCGUUUUAUUCAUCACGUACAGGUUACAAAAUGUGUGCUCGUCUACAUCUAAAUGGUGUUGAUGAUGGUCAAGGAACACAUAUGUCACUCUUUUUGGUUCUUAUGAAAGGAAACCAUGAUGGCAUGCUUUCAUGGCCAUUCAAUUUCAGAAUAAUAUUUAACUUGUAUGAUCAAACUGAUAAAAAACAGCAUAUCAUUGAUACAUUUCGACCAGAUGUAAGAUCGAGUAGUUUUCAACGACCAAGGUCGGAAAUGAAUAUUGCAAGUGGUAUUCCAAAGUUUUGUCCUUUGGCAAUCAUUGAACAAGCAAAUAAUCGUUAUGUUCGAGACAACUCAAUGUAUAUCAAAAUUAUGGUCGAUUUCAGCGAAAUACCUAAUGAUGUGCUGCCAUUUGCAUCAAACCUUAAUCCUGGACUAUCGGCUCAUCGGCAACAUGAAGUAAUUCAAAACGAAAUUGAUAAUAU